AAUCAGUUUAGUUAUUCGUUCUCCUCACUGUGUUAAUUCUAUAUUUUUCAUAUUCACGCUUACUGUAAACCACACUCGAUGAACCACACGUCGAAAUGAAGAGACGAAGUAUUGAUCCUUCGAAACUUAGAAGACCUUUAAAACGUUCUCGCAUCACAGAAUCGAUAUAUGGAAGGUAAAAGUCGAAAUGUUGAGUCAGAAACAUUGGCCUCUGGCCGCUCGCAUUGAAAACCAUGAAUUUAUGGUUGGUUUUCUGAUCUGUUCUUAAUUUCUGUUUCAUCUAGUGUAUUUCUGUACGUCAGAUUUUUCUUAGUAUGGAUUAUGGUGUUGACUGCCGACUUCCUAUUGGAAUUUCGCUUUGAAUAUCUUUGGCCUUUUUGGCUACUGUUACGGAGUGCUUACGACUCGUUCAAGUACCAAGGUUUGGUAAGUCGAGUUACUAUUUUCACGUAAUUUACCGUAAAUCAUGCGUUUCUCGUUAUUCAUUGGCCCUCAGAAUAAUCCCAACAUUGCUAGGCUAAUGCGGUUUUACUUUGAAAUUGUCCUAGCGUCUGUAAUCUCGUUUUAGUUUUGAAUUUUCCUGUUACAUUUUUUCAGGCUUUCUCUCUUCUGUUUCUCACACUGGCGUUCUGUUCAGACUUAAUAUGUUUGAUGUUUCUCCCUGUGCAUUGGUUAUUCUUUGCGGCUAGCACAUACGUCUGGGUUCAGUUCGUCUGGCAUACAGGUAAUCCUAGAGAGAUAAUUUUUAGCCGAUAAAAGUUGCUAAAGGCGGGUAUAACUUCAUUCACUCGAGGAAAUUUCCAAUGUUUACAUUUCGUCAGGUCGGCUGGUGGAUCAAGAUAUAGUAUUCCUGAAAUCGCCGUGAACCAGAUAUAAACGAUACGGAGUUUUCACAAGUCUAUUGGAAGUUUAUGGUUAAAUAUUUCAUCAUUCCAUAGUCUAAUUAUUGACGGCUUGUUCUGUUUUCAGAUCGUGGUUUAUGUGUUCCAACCGUUAGUCUAUGGUUACUGUUUGUAUAUGUAGAAGCGUCGGUUCGACUUCGCGAACUGAAAAAUCUCCCAUUUCAUUUAGACUUAUGUCGACCGUUCGCCGCUCAUUGGUAAGUUUGAGCUUUUUGCAUUGCUGUGAUACUAUUAAUUUGGCUGUCUAUGAUGAGUUAUACUUUCUUUUAACAAGGAGGUGGAAGCACUUUCUCGGGAAAAAAGUAAAGUGCUUCCCUAAUUUAUAUUCUUCCCUGACAUUUUCAGAGGCAGCUGGUUAUUUCAUGCAAAGCAGUUCGUAUUAGCGUCGGAAGUAAGGUCCUAUUGUAGUCAGAAAGCUUCGUCGAAAGGUUUUUCUCAAAAUUUGGCUUUUUCAAGCAUGAGAUUCCAUUUUCUGAUAUUAUCUUGAUGAAUAAAAUAUCUCCAAUUUGUAAUGUACUGCCAUUUUUAUGUCAGUUUUUCUGUUGAGACUUCGGGAGUUCUCACUUUUGCGAGUAAUUAAUCAUUUAACUACGAUUUAGUUUAAGAUGCUUAGAUGGCAGCUCAAAGAGGAUUUCGUCUCUUCAAAAUUUAAACGAAAAACGUGAUGGUUAUUUUUUUUUUUAAAAAUCUUUUCAUUUCACAAUUGUAGUUUCCUACUUGCUUCGCGUACAUUGUACCACUUUCUUUGGUUAUUUUGUUCGAACCCGUUCUAUAUCUUGCCGUUAAUUUUAAACCACUGUGAUACAAAUUGUUCAUUUUUAAUGAAGAUAAUCUGGAUAAAAGCACAGUCAACCGUUUUCCUCAUGGCACUGCCUUAAAUGAAAUUCAUAGAUAAAGCAGGCACAGAGAAUUUGCUCCAAGAGUUUUUUUGAAAUAUAAGAAAAUUUCUCUAGUUAAUAGGAAGUUGUGUCUUAAGCUGUGGUAACCACACAAGCCUCCCAUUGUCAACUGAGCUUGUGAUCUUGUUUUCACUUACACCAUUUCCCUCCUACAUUUGUUUGGCAUUAUUUGAUGCAACUGAAAGGCUGGUUAGUCAAGUAUUUGUUGACAAUGAAUGCCUUUUUUCUUGCUUAAAUAAUAAAAGUCUACUGCACCACCUACAAUAGAAUUUUUAUUUCACUAGCCCUCUUGUUUCUGAAAACCCUAGUAGUUCAGGUUAAAAGAUGCUUCAUUAACCUACUUGAGCACUGAUUUUCAACCCCUAAUUUUCCAACCCUCCCAAUCAUUCAAACCAACUCUUUUACCACUAGAAAUUUGAAUAAUCACAAUUUUAUUGUGAAUGAAAAUUUGUAAAUGCAUCAUGUUUUGAUGCCCAGACAUAACAGCCUGAGGCUUUAGGAAAAGUGAGUACAUCUGACCAAUUGUCAUGCUACAGUGAGUUUGUCACAGCAGGAAAACAGGGUGCUUAGUAUACAUUAGAUAUCAGAGAAUUCCCUGGGUGGCAUGCAUAAUUCUCUGUGUACAUUUGAUGGCUUGUGCAUGUUCUUAAGAAAUUUUUUUGAGAAUUUUUUCCUGUUUCUUCACACGGUUCUCCUGCAACUAAAUUUCUCAAAGAAAACCCUGGUUAACAUUCUGUAGACUCCUAUAUAGGAUAUGUGACUUGCACAGAGCUGCUACUUUUAAAUUAAUGCUCUUUUUGUCUUAUUUUGCAUUAUACUGAUUUUCAGUGUUUUAAUACAGCUUUGUUAAUAUUUAGAGUUAUCAACUGAUGUCUCCUCUGUACAUUUAGCUUUCACUUGUCAUUUUGAGAUAUUUAGCUGAUAGCAGAUUUUACUGUUUUUUAAGUGCUAUGAAUAUUGGCGUGUAAAUUUUGUUCUUAUAAUACUAUCACAAUAUUGAAGACGUAUAGACCUAAAUUAGGGCUGAUAUACCUUGUGUUCUUGAGCAAUAACCAUUACUCUAUUAAUUCCUCCCUCAGAUAUUUUGCUUGUAUGUAGAAUAUGUUUGAAGAAAAUUCCCCUCCCUAAACUUGCCACUUCACUUCUGAUAUCUAAAAGCGAACCCUCUUUUUGUUGGCUACUGAUGGGAAUCUGUUGCCCUUUUUGAGGCAAUAUCUGAUUUAAUUAAAAAAUUCUUUGACUGAUUUUUUUUUUUUUUCAGCAUUGGUUAUCCUGUUGUUACACUUGGCUAUGGUGUUAAGAGUUAUGUAGGCUAUAAAAUGCGUCAGGUAAGGACAGCUCUCAGCAUGAUGUUAAAUGGCCACGUGUGAUCAUUUCUCUCGUGGGCACAGUAGAUGAUCGAGAAGUCAUCAUGCAGAGAGUGUGAAAUUUGUGCGUGUGGAUGAGCAUGUAGUUUGAAUUAUGGCUACAGUAUUGGCUUCAGAUUUAAACAAAUAAAUUCAUUCAUUUCACAAAUUGCUGAUGGCGAUGAUCACUUACAUGGUAGCUGAAACAUCAAAAUUUAUUGUCAAAUUUGGACACAAAGCACAACCAUUCCUCCAUAGGGAAAGUUAUUCUUUCUGAUGAAGGGUGAUUUUGUAGUUAAGCUUUGAACAAACCCUUCAUAUUGGCAUUAACCUAAAGAGAAACAGACACAUCCUGAAAAUUUAUGUAUGCCAGUGUAAUUAGAAAUUAGAAGGCAGUUAGAACAACUAAAUUUUUUUUUAGUUGUGGGUGACAACUGUUCCCUGUCUGUGACCAAAUAGCAAGCUCUUUCAUCCAGCAGCAAUUUGAGAAAAACAUCUCUUAUGUUCUCCUGAAGUUUUUCAAUUUUUAUAAUUUAUGUAUGGAAUGCAGUAGUAAUAUAGAGCACUGUCAGCUGUGAAUGGUAGACAGGGCUUAUUUUCUCAGCUGUUAUUCAGGCCCCCAAAAUAUAUUCACAUUUACUUUGUCAUCUGUCAGAAAAAUGCAUUUAUGGAGGAAACAGGUGGUAAAUUUUUGUUCGCAAGGAAUUUCACUUUCUGAGAAAUCUCUUUAUUUUAUUGUAAUUCUGAGUUUUCUGUGACCAAUUAAUCACUGAGGAAUGUCUAAUCUGAGAGAAAUCAAGGCAAAAGAAAAAAAAAGAGUCACAGAAAAUUCUUGUGGGUUAGUUUUUUGCUAUUUGAAGGGUAUUCAAAGAAUAUUUUUAGGAAUCAGUUUAUGAUACAAAAUUUGAGGUACGCUGUCAUGCUUCCACUGCAGCUGGUGGAUUUUUCAGAGCCAGCUUAAUUUGACAAACCUGUAGGUGCUAAGGUUAUGUUCCAUUGGGGGUUCUCAUUUGUUUAUUUUUAUUUUACUCCAUUUCACAGAGAAGAGUACAGCAUGUUGCUAAAGAAAAUGAGUUUUAUAUGCAGCUAAUUAAUCUGGCACUGCCUCCUGAAACAAAUAACCAUGCAGAGGCAACAGAGAGAUCAUCAAGAGGUAUGAUGUUGCCUUGCAAAGGAUUUUUAUGGAAUUUCCCUUUGUUUAAAACUGGAGUUAGUUGGUUAUUACGUAAGGGAAGGUUUAGUGGAUGGCAGAUGGUCAUCAAAAAAUAAAUUUAUAUAAGUUUUUACAAAUCAAAUUUAAAUUACGUUUAAACCAAAUUAUUAUGUUUGGAUAGAUAAAUUCCACAUUUCUCCAAGCUGUGACCAUUGUGUUCAUUUCAGGUAGUCGCAAAACAUUUUGGCAACUAAACUUUUAGUGAAGGUUGCCAGAUUGCCUUCCUGUAUUUAGUAUUCGUGCUCCAAAGCUUGAGCUUUCCACUUCUUAUCAUUCAGGGUCUUUAGUUGAUGUGAAGUAAACUUUUACAAGAAAUGUUAUUUAUACUACUUCAUUGCCUUUUUCUCCGGAGUUGUUUUGUGCAGUUAAGAAUAUUGUGCUUUUCUUUGAUUGUUUUUGUUGUUUUUGUUUUUUUAACUUCAUUGGUGACAAAAGUUUCAUUUCUGAAGAACAUUUGAAGAUUUGGGGGCGCCAAAUGGUAACUUGGAUAGAGAUGACUACACCACAAAGUCGCUGAAUUGAAACGGAAACUGGAGCAUGGCAGAGCCGUACACGCAGUUUAACUAUUUUUGUGUACAUGUACAGCUGAAGGUCAAAAAUUUUUUGAGAAAGAUAUAUUAUUGACUUGGUUUUCUUCAUUCUUAACUUUCAGCUAUAUGUAAUGGUAAAGUUGCUAAUGGCGAAGUCGCAUCACCGAGAGGUCGGCCUGUACCAGUAAUGACAAAUGGAAUUAACACUAAAACAGAUCUUGAACUCUUAAUAGCUAAAGAGGCCAGUCGUCGUGGCUUAAAACUAAGUGAUCUAGAGUCAAGGCCUACUUUGAAGGGAAAUGCAUUGUUGAAAGAACUUGACGUGCUUUCAAACUUUACAUCGAAGAAGACCAGCGAGGAUCAUAACUUAAAUGAACUUGAUAAACUUUCGUUAGAGGGGAGUCAUAAGAGCGGGAAAGCAGGGCAGCAACCUCGCGCAGCAUUCAAUGGAGUUAUAGGAAAAUCCUCAAAGAAAAAUGGCGCAAAAGGAAAUGAAAAGUUGAAGGAGUACGACGAGAAUGACGAAGAGGACAAUGAUGAGUCUGAUAGUGAUUCUUUAAGUGCGUCGAGUAGCUCCAUCAAUAACAGUCGAAAGAACAGCAGGAGUAACUCACCUAAGGUGUGUCUGAGAAGCUCUCAGUCGCUCUAUUUUUAGGCCGGUGUUGUUGUUGUUGUGUUUGUUUAUUCCUUUCCUUGUUGGUCUCAUGGCUGUGGUCCUCUCUUAAUUUCUCAGGGACAUGAGAAAUCUCAGUCAGUUGACCUUGGACCCAGUCUCUUUUCUCAACUUAAAGAGGAGAGGCUGCUACGGUAAGCGAAGCAUUUAUUAUGUCUCCAUGAGGUACGAGUUCCUUCAGAACCCCAAAGAGCUAAAUAUCGGUGUGUGCAUUGUGAAAAAUUCAACGUUCAAUCUUUUUUAUCCUUAACUGUUCUUAACCCCUCUUGAUUUAUAACUGCUUCUUUUGCCGUUUUGCCCAUGGAAAAAGAAACUUUUUUUCUCCCUUCUAAUUUUUUUCAAUCCCUAUCUGACGAGUGUCUUUGCUGUCAUCCCGGGUGAAAAUGUAGCUUACCGAUUGGAAAGAUGUAUUUCUCUUCUAACCAAGACUAAAAGUGUUUUUAUUUUUUUUUUAAUUUCUUGCUUUUAUUAUUACUUUCAGUCGUCGUGCUGAGAGCAAUUUAUCCCAACUAGAGAAUGAUAGUAAACGACUCAGAGUGGAACUGCAGACGAGUCGGCAGGGAGAGCAGGAACUGAGGUCCACUAUGCACAGCCUGAUGGCCAGUGAGCGCUCCACUAAGGUAGAAUUACAACAGUUGAAGGCCGAGUGCGAGGUUAUUCAACAGAAGUAAGUAGAGCUGAGGUGUUUAUAUGCAAUAGAGCCAGUAGUUCGUUGCCCUCUCGCCCUAAAGAAUAACUAAAUUCGGAAUACAUUCAAGUUUCUUUUUCGACAAUCUGGAACUACGUUGUUCUUGGGGUGCUGCACUACCCGAUCUCAUUUGUUGGGGAAACUUUUCUGUCGAUGCAGAACAACAGGUUCUUUGGAAAUUUUAAACGGAAAACUUGUGAUGCUUAUCGGACCUGUCAGAUUACCCAACCAAAAUCAUUCAAAACUUGAUCAAGUGGUAGUCCCGUGCCUAAAGAAGUUUGUUUGCUUUCCUUCGUUCAGAUUUGUUUCCUUUGUUUCUUUGGAGGUUGGAUAAUUCCGGGCAUUCACGUGAGACUCAGCAAAAGGGAGGGUUAGGAAAUGAAUUGGAUGCAUUGAGGAAAUUUUUAUCUUUUCUGCAUAGCUUUCGUUUUGAAAGUAUUCUUGUUCUCGAGUAUAUCACCGCUAGCAUUCCGUCACAAAUGCUGUAGUCUGAUUGGCUGUGCUACUCGCCAUCAAUUCCUUGGUAGAUAUCAUUCUAAGUGGAUGGAGUGAGUUGCCUGACAUUGCGUGGUUGUAUACUUUGAGUGGCUUGUAUAUUUAUACUAAAACAAUUAGAUUAUUCGCUCUCAAUUUCUAUGCUUGAAAUUGAUUUGGGCUUUGCCCUCAAUUGUUAUCGUGCGCUAGAGAUCUCUAGCACGUUAUCUAAUUGUUGAUUAGAGCAACUUUCGAUUGUCUGUCGAGAAGGAAUUGAGAUUUGGUUUUACUUCACACCGCUUUGUGGUUGGUUUAGAAAACUCGCGCGAAAUUCUCAACCAAUCAGAUGCUAAACUAAAACCAGACAUGACUUAGCCGCUCGCGUUUCCCCGCGUUUCAGGUAGUUAGCUGGUUUUAAGUUUGAGUCCUCAUUGGCUUGUGAUAUUUCCCCUUGUUCUUAUUAACUGUCGUUAUUAGUUUGGUUUUGGUUUUACGGCACUAAAUGAAAAGGCACUUCUUCCCUCACGCCCCAAUAUCAGCAUGCAUAUUCUCCAUACUCUUCCAAUCACAUUUUAUAUGGUACUGACAUUAAGAAUUUGUGUAACAAUCGAUUGCUUCUGUAGUUGGGGAUUAUUUCCUUUAUUUACACGAGCUUAAAGUUUGCUACAGGGGUGAUUCUGUAAGGAGAAAUUAGAUGCUAGUCACUCUUAGAGGUAAAGGGUUAAGUCGCAAAAAAAAAUGGAAUGUUUAUGAUUUUAUUCACAGAUUGCAAAAUAUGUCGUCUGCGCGUCAGCAAGAUCGUAAUACAGUCUCCUCUCUGGAACGAAAGCUAAAAACUGAGCGAGAUUCCCGGCUUUUGGCGGAGAGUCAGUUGCGCGAGGAGCGCAAAAGACAAAAAGCUGAGGACGCCGCAGCAAAGCAGCGCGAUGAAACGACAGGCCAUGAUGCUUGUAAUGCGCUCAGGAUCGAGCUCGAAGAAGACAGCCGCCAGUUGCGUGCUCUUCUUCAGGAGAAGGAAGAAGAAAUAAAACGCGUCGACAAGGAGGCUGAAACGCUGCGACAGAAGACCAGGGAAUAUGACAGCAUGCAGCUGAAGAAGGAAACAGAGGUGUUAAUGUCUGCGCUGACAGCUAUGCAAGGCAAGAACACUCACCUAGAAAACAGCUUGAGCUCGGAGACUCGCUUGAAGCUGGACUUGUUCUCGGCGUUAGGCGACACGCGCAGGCAGCUGGAGAUUGCACAAACCAACCUUAAGACCAAGGAUCGAGAGAUCGAAUCCUUGAAGCUGAAGAUCGCUGAAGUGAUGGCUGUCAUGCCCACCGCUACUACCUACACUGCCGGCGAUUCGCCCGGAGUUCCUCGCUUCGCCUCCAAUCAUCUCAUCUCUCCAAAUCACAUUGAGUUGUCCAACAGUGGCCUCGAUCCGAGCGCUCCCUGCUACAUUCCUGUGUGUAAGAGUCCCAAAGGCUUGCUGUAAGACGCCUGAAGGAUUUCCCGUAUUUGUCGCUACCCUGAUGUUGCUCUUAAUUUAUAAUCUUAACUAAGUUAUUGGGUUUGUCAGUUGGGUAGCAAGGUGGAUCAAGUUUGCGUCCGUUACAGUUUUUGUCUGGGAAUGCUUAUCUUUAGCUUAUAUUUUGUUAAAUGUAAUACUGAUGUUGCAUUAGUUUGGAGAAAGAAAGUGUGGUUGCACUUUAUCUGUUUCUGAUGUCAUAGCGCGUUACUUUCAAAUUCAAGGCGUUUUCGUCGCUUACUAAUUGCGUCUGUCAUGGUUGAAGUGGAACGAUUCUUAGCUUCUCAUAAGGCUACGGUUCACACGGUGCCGGACGAAUUUUCCACCGGUGGAAAAUUCGUGCGUUUGGGCGUUUCGUUCACAUGGAACCACGCCAAACGUGAGAAAAUUUGGACGCCCAAGCGUUGGAAACUUGAACACCAAAAUCGAGGACAAAUUUUUUCUCGUAAAUGUGUAGGCCAUGCCGAACUUACCACGCACGUAGGUGACGUUGUGUUGGUGUCUUGAUAAUGUCAGAAAAUCAAAUUAAAAAAACGUCGUACAUCUAUCUGUAAAUCGAAAACGUCGAAGCAGCGAAAACGCUGGACGCCAUUUUGCACUGGGUUAAGAAGCGUCCUGCGCAUGAGGAGACGGUAAAACGCUGAAAAAUGUCAAAAUUCAUUUUGUUACCAGUUCCAUCUGAUCAGAACGAAACUUUCGCGCGGUUCCGUGUGAACAGAAUGUCCGGUCGAAAUCUUUGGCCUGUCGAAAAUUCGUUCGGUACCGUUUGAACGUAGCCUCAGUUCAUUCUUUGUUGAUACUUGUGGACUCCUCUCUUUCCUAACCGCAAGCGAGAUUCAGAGCACUUUUUACAUCUAAGUAAUCCUUCUGACUGUAGUUCCUUAGCUGACUGACUAAGCGAGUUACCGCGUAGCUCUUCUUGAUAUUAAAGCUGCUUAGCAGUAGACACACACAACUGUUGAUAUUUCUUGAGAAAGUAGAGAAAGUUACAUUAUGGUCACGUUGAACAUUAGCUUGAUAACAAAAAAAAAAAAAAAAAAGAAAACGGAACAAUCGGAUCACGUUUAGAUAAUGCGAUUUUUCACCGAAAACUUCAGGAAAUCAGCCAGUUUUGAUUGUAAAGCAUCAGAUCCUCCAGUCGCUGCACGCAUACUCUAUUUAGAGAGACAAUUAUUCAAUCUCUGGACUAUCACGCGGAAUCCAAGAUCUUGUAUAUUUUAGUUAGAUAGGGCCUGUUUGUGCGAGUUUAGAAAGGUAGACUUAAUAGCGAACAACCCGGGGAGCAGACUAGCAUGGAUUGUAAACGACCAUCG